AGAGGUUCUGAGGGUCUAAGCCCCGCACUACGCUACACUACGCCACACCACACUACAACACCCUCGGUCCAGCUGCCUCUGCCUCUGCCUGCCUCGCCUAGCGUCGAGCAUCUCUCUCCACUCACACCUGUGCGCUGCUGACCGAAAUUAGUGAGCAUCCAGCAAACUAGUAAUGGUGGACUAGAGAGCCAUGCCUGCCAAUUCCUUGCGAGCGUCGGAAAGUGGUUCUGGUUGAUCAAUGCCUGUGACGACGAGGUGUGCCGUGACUACAUUUAUGAGCUCGUGAGAGUUGCUCAUUCCUUUGGAGGUGUGCCUUCCCCCUGACCCCUUCUUCCUCUUCCUCUGGACCGUGCCUAGCCUGCCCGCCGGGCCUGUCUGCAGAGCCAACCCAUCCACCAUCUCUCUCACUCGCAGGUCGAGCUCAUUGCCGUGAGCUCUGAACACUUCGUUCUGCCCCCUCUCCCUCGUACCUGCCUGCCUGUCUGGCCUCCUCCAGCACCUGAGAGGACACAGCGAGAGCGCUCGAGCACAUCCCAAUCCCGGGUUCAUGUCGUGACCUCUGCGCCAUGUUCCCCUUCUUCCUCCUCUUCAUUCUGUGAGCUGAUCGUAUCCAGGAGGGCGACAUCCGCGCCACAGCCUCGUGUUCGACGCGAGCUCUCAUCAGCCGAAGGAGCAUCUUGGUGCCGUGUUCCCGCGAAAGCUAUGUCUAGACCGCACUUUAGGUUCAGCUGCUGAGAAUCUUCGUCGAGCCACCCACAUUGCCCUUGCGGAUGCGGAGACGCGGUGGAGGCAAAGAUUGUUGGGUCUCGUCAUCCGAGUUCCCCUGCUGCUGCUGUCUACAAGUUAGUCCUUAGUGGCGGGAACGCUCUCGCAGCUCCCUUCUGCCCCUGAGCUCGAUUCAUCUCAUUCCACCAUCGACAGGGUUCGCAGCCUCCGUGCAGCUCGAAUGUCAGAGAGCUUUAGGAAGUCGCUUCCCACGAUGAAAAUGGCCGGCUGGAGCCCGAGCCAAGUUCUGUCCGGGCCGAGAGCUCGCCGCAUACAGAAAUCGCUCUACAAUUUGCAAAUGACCGUCAUAUGUAUGUUCGUCACGGUGGUGAUGCUGAGAGGCAUGCUGGGCGCUGGAAAAUUUGGAACGCCGAACCAGGACCUGGACGAGAUAAGGAACCACUUGGCUCACAGGGAUCGGUCGACGAGAACGAUGAUGGAGUUCACGGGCUCGAAAACCGACGACGAGGCGGAAGGCGGGGACAGCUCGAGGUGGUUGCUUCAGAAGGAUUUCGAUCCGGUCAAGUACUUCGAUCCCGAGACCGUGCACCACACGCUGGGCGAGCAUAUAUCGGACUGGGACGAGCAGCGUGCUGCGUUCAUGGCGAAGAAUAAGGGGGCGAAUCAGACCAACAGUGGCAAGGCGCGGACCUUGCUGGUGUCCGGGUCGCAGCCCAAGCCGUGCGACAAUCCGAUGGGGGACUACUUCCUGCUGAAGAAUCUCAAGAACAAGGUCGACUACUGCCGGCUGCACGACAUCGACAUCUUCUACAACAUGGCGCACAUGGACCUGAAGAUGUCGGGCUUCUGGGCCAAGCUGCCCCUGCUGCGCAAGCUCCUGCUCUCGCACCCGGACGUCGAGUGGAUUUGGUGGAUGGACAGUGACGCCUUCUUCACCGACAUGAAGUUCGAGCUGCCGAUGGAGAACUACGAGAACUACAACAUGGUCGUGCACGGCUGGUACAACAUGAUUUACGAGAAGAAGAGCUGGAUCGGGCUCAACACCGGCAGCUUCCUCAUCCGCAACUGUCAGUGGACUCUGGACAUUUUGGACGCCUGGGCUCCGUUCGGGCCCAAUGGCAAGCCCCGCACGGAAGCCGGCAAGCUGUUCACCAAGUACCUGCAGGGCCGCCCCGAGUUCGAGGCCGACGAUCAGUCGGCGCUCAUCUACUUGCUCCUCUCGCAGCGCGAGAAGUGGUCCGAGAAGACGUACCUCGAGAGCUCGUUCUUCCUGCACGGCUACUGGGUGAUCCUGGUCGAGAACUUCGAGAAGAUGAUGGACAAGUACCAUCCGGGGCUGGGCGACGAGCGAUGGCCCUUCGUGACCCACUUCGUCGGAUGCAAGCCCUGCCACGGCAGCUCCGGCGACUACUCGGCCGAGCGCUGCGCGAAGCAGAUGGAGAGGGCGUUCAAUUUCGCCGACAACCAGGUCCUUGAAGCUUACGGCUACGUGCACCCCAAUCUGCACACGACUGCGGUGACGAAGCUCCCCGGUGGCUCGUCCUCGAAGACCAAGAGCUCCGCCGACCAACCGAUCCUUCGAGGCGGGUACUCAUAGGUUGCAUGCCGGCUGUCGUUCUCCGAGUCUUUUUCUUCUUUGUCAAUAAUCAUCUGUUGAGCAAUCUCCAUAGCGAUCAAUCGGCUGUGUCUUGUAUAUUAUUAUCACCACAACUGUAGGACCUUAGGUAGGUAAUUUUUUGAGAGCGUUCAUUGACACGCUCUCGCUACUAAAAAAUAAAAUAAUCUUCCUG